AUGCCUACAUCGUUGAAUAAUUCGCUUUUUAAAGACUACGAAAUCCAUAAAAGAGCUUGGAAUAAUGAAAGUGUCAAUGUAAAAAAAAGAAAUAGAUCUGAUAAUAAUGCAAUUGAAUCAGAAAUCAAUAUUAUACUAAACCAAAUACUUAAUUUUAUUGAAACCAGAUAUAACAAUACUAAAGACACAAAGGCAAGAGCAUCAUUAUCAAGCAACCCAGAAGCCUGGAUAAAACUUGUUUUAGAAUUAUCAAAGGCACUUAAAGAAAUCGCAGUUAGGGCAAAUGAGUCAUAUUACAUGCUAAUCCAACAACCUACUCCCAGUUUUGUUAUUAAAACUUGGCGAAAAUCAUUUAGAAAUCGACCAGAAGAUGAAAGACUGGACGGUUUUGUCGGAGUUUUAUCAGAAGUGACAGCAAAUGAAAUUUCUGAAGAUCUCGAUCGAAAAAAUGAAAUAUUUAUGAAUGAAGAGUUUCCCUUGAAAUUAAACUUAAGACAAAAUGUGGAGAACCUCAUGGAUCAAGAUAUAGAAGAAGAUAACCAUCGAUACGUGUAUAUGGAUACUGAAUCAGGAGACAUUGUGAGCGAUGGAAUAGAAGAAGUAAGGAUAUCCUUUUCGUGCACCAUGUUUAGGUGUACGUUUUUAAUUUUACAUCUUACUAUGUUUAUAUGGAUACAGGAUUGUGCAGUCAGUAGUCCGGAGUUACCUAAUCAUGCAAUUGAAAUGCAAAUAGAAUUUUUUGACCAAGACCCAAGCUUAUCACCUACACCGGUACCACAACGUCGCACUUUACGUGAAUCGAGUCGACAUCCAAAGAAAAAAGAUCAAAAAGUGGGCGGCCACCUCAAUGAUCCAUCAAAAGUUUCAGAAACCACUCUAGACCCAAGAAAAAGACCAGUCUACAUGGAUGAUUUAAAUAAGGCAUUAAGUGACCUGGAAAAAAAACUACUAAAGAACACCUCACCUGCUACAACUAAUACACCCUGCAGUGGCUUUACAAAAUCGUCAUCAACUCCGAAACACGGUGUCUCCCGAAUCGGCACUGUACGAAAUAUUGGAGACAUUUUACAACUAUUGAAAAAAGCGGUACAAGUCGAAAAGCAUUUACCACAAGCACAUGAUGAAAAUUUAGAUUGGGUGCAAAUAAAAAUUCCUAAGGAUAUGAAAUAA